AGACAACCCACGUUACCUGAAUGGUAUUAAUCUUAUCAUAUGACGAUAAGAAUAUUUCCUAAAAUGUCAAACUACUUAUUUAAACGUAAAUCAGGCUGAUAGAAAACAAGUAGUUUCCCGCUCGAAUCACUAGCUCUAAUAUUUCCGACGGCCUUAAACGCAGCAUCGGGAAGUGUCUGUAACAAACAUCCUGCCAUGGCAACCACGCGGACCUGCGUCCUUCUCUUCGUCCUUUCUGCGACUUUAGCGGAAGAAGACGUUAAAUUAAAAUACAAAGCACCCACCAAACCUGUCCGGCUGUUCACCGAGGAGGAGCUGAGGAGAUACGACGGCAGCCAGGAGGGGCAGCCGAUUUAUAUGGCAGUAAAAGGAGUGGUGUUUGAUGUCACUAAGGGAAAAGAGUUUUACGGAAAAGAUGCACCGUACAACGCCCUGGUCGGUAAGGACUCUACCCGGGCUGUGGCUAAGAUGUCCCUGGACCCGGCGGACCUGACAUCAGAUACUGUGAGUUUAGUGUGCACGCCUACAGGCAAAUUAUCUGUUCUGACACCACUUCACUGACAGUGUGUGUCAGUG